UCUCCACAGUAAGAAACAUGGCGACCUCUACAGUAAAGAAGAAGGGCAUCCUUAAGUUUCCCAAAAAAGUGCGCAACAAGUAUGAGAAGCGCACCGCCACCCAGAGCAGCACCAUCGACGCCGUGCGCUGGGACAUGCCCGACCUGGAACAGCCGUACAACUCGGCCCCCAGCAUGGCCUUCAGCAGACACACCAGAGGGCCGCAGCGACGCUCUCGAAACUGCAGCAUGAAGGAACUGAGCAGCCUGCAGGAGUGUGUGCAGUUCAUCCACCACUGGAAGGAGCAGGUGGACCAGCUGUGUAAGCCGGGCUGCGGUCAAAUCGAGGAGGCCGCCGGUCAGCAGGAGGCCAAGAGGUCGACGGGCCGGGCCCAGCGCAGCCUGGAGGAGAGCAGGAAGCUCAUCCUGGAGUGGGCCGGCGAGCUGCGGCACGUCGACAAGCUGCUGCAGGAGACGUCCUGGGCGCGCGACAGUCAGGAGCACGGAAGCGACAAGGGUGCGGAGGCCGCCCAGGAAACGCACAUGCAGAUCAUGGAGUGGGCCAAAGAGCUGAAGAUGGCCGCCGAGAGCUGCGGCAUGCAGAGCGAGAAGCUGAAGAAGGUGGUGCACCUGCUGAGCCAGAAGAAGAGGCUGCUGGUGCGCCUGGUGCCGCUGCUGGAGUUCAUCACCUGGUCUCUGCUGAAGGAGGACGGCACGAAAACGAUCCCACAGCUGUGGCUGCUGGUGAAGCAGAGGACCUGGAAGGCAGGGAUUCCCAGAUACAUCCCAAACUCAGUUUGGAGUUGGAUUAGCAGUGCAGCAGCCGACGUGACCCUGGACCCGAUGACCAGCAACCCGUGGCUGCUGCUGUCCAAGGACCGGCGCCGGGUCCAGGAGGGCCACAUGGCGUCCGACCCGCCGUCCUCCUCGCAGCGCUUCGACAGCUGGCCCUGCGUGCUGGGCUGGGAGGGCUACGGCGCCGGCCGCCACUACUGGGAGGUGGACAUCGCCAACGGGGGCUGCUGGCGGGCGGGGAUGACCACCUCGGCCUCCAAGCGCCACGGCCACUUCCCCAUGACCCCCAAGCACGGCUACUGGGUGCUGUGGCGCAGCGCGCGCCACCUCUACGUCUGCAGCAAGCCGGAGACGGAGCUGCCGGUCGGCCUGGCGCCCCAGCGCCUGGGCGUCUACCUGGACUACGAGGAGGGUCAGAUCUCUUUCUACAACGCAGAGACCAAGUCCCACAUCUACACCUUCACCGGCGCCUUCAGGGGGAAGCUGUACCCGCUGGUCGCCCCCAUGGACGGACACACACUCAUGACGAUCCGGGCGCCGGACAAGAUCUCUGCCAAGUGAGGGACAUCAGGUUCAGAACGGCAGAGAAGUAUUUGCGAGAGGACAUUACAGGGGGAUUUGUUUGAAACAGAACGACCAGAAAACCUCUCCAAGUCCGAACAUGUAUUCAUCGCAUUCUUGACGUUUUGAUUUUGUCCUCAAAAUGUACAGUUAUCUGUCUCCAGAUGCUUGUUUUUUUUAUAUAGUAGCUUUAAUAAAGCAGCGUUCAGCCUUUUCAAAGCCUUUUUCACCAACGAACCUCGCUCAGUUCUCAGUUUCUGUUUUCCUCGUGAACACUUUCCUCUUGCAUUUUGCACACUUUGGUGUGUGUGUAGGUGAGUUUGAGCCGGUGUGUAACUAUGUGCGUGUGUGGUUCUGUGCCGCUCAUCCCCCCCUCCCACACACACACACACACACACACACACACACAUACUGUAAAUACACGGAACAGAUGAGUGUGUUUUCAGCAGCGACGACCCGAGUAGCAGGUUG